AUGAUUCAAAUCGAGUGUAAAGCUCUACCGGCCUUAACCUUGAGCCACCGCUGUCCUCAGUCAGUGGCACAAUAGCUGAUUUUCCAUCUUCAUUAUAGCCAAGGUAUUGUCUUCUCUAUAUCUUUAUCAACAAUUCAGCUUCUUAAAUCUUAGCUGUACGAUGAUAAUCAGAAGGCAAAUAUCAAGCAUUUGUGUUUCUUUUGAAGCAUCCUUUAAUACCCAAAAUCUGUUCUUUAUCAAACACUUUUCAGCAAUAGCCCCAACCCCAUCUCCAGUUUACUCAGAUACACAAAAAUUGGACACCCAUUUGAGGUCUCUUUGUGAAAAGCCUAAUCCCAAGUAUAACAAUGCAGUUUUACUUUUUAACCAUGUAAUUGAUGAUUUGGGGCAAACCCCAUCUGAGUCAACUUGCAAUUUUCUUGUUGUAACUUUGGCUAAGAGUAAGGAGUACAAUCUUGCUUUAAGGGUGUACCGUAAAACGAGACAAGUCCAAGUCUUGCCCAGGUUUUUAUCAUUAGCUGCUUUAGUUGAAUGUUUUGUUUAUGUUCAUAAGCCUAAAUUAGCAAUUGGUGUAUUGGGGCUGAUGUUGAAGAAUGGUUAUAAGGUUAAUGUAUAUGUUGUUAAUGUUAUAUUGAAGGGUUUAUGUGAAAAUGGUAUGGUUGUUAAUGCUAUAAAGUUUGUUUGGGGUUUGGAUAUGAAAGAGGUAACACCUGAUAUAGUUAGUUUAAACACCCUAAUGAGAGGACUUUGUAGAGAUAAGAAAGUACAAGAGGCUGUGGAUUUGAGGUUUAGUAUGGAGAAGGUAGUGGGUUUUGCUCCUAACUCGUAUACGUAUGCCAUUUUGAUGGAGGGUCUUUGUUCGGACGGGAGGUUUGAUGACGCUAUUGGAUUGUUGGAGGAGAUGAGAGUAAAAGGUUUGAAAGAGGAUGUUGUUGUGUAUAGUACACUCAUAAAUGGGCUUUGUAACAAAGGAUAUGUUAGUAGAGGGAAAGAAUUUUUGAAUGAGAUGUUGGAGAAAGGAAUUUCUCCGAGUGUAGUCACUUAUUCUUGUUUAAUUAAUGGAUUUUGUAAGCAGGGAAAAUUGAAAGAAACUACAAUGUUGUAUGAUGAUAUGUUGGGCCGCGGAAUCCAGCCUGACAUUGUUACUUUUACGGGCAUGAUUGGUGGCCUCGGCAAUAAUGGGAUGGCUAAAAAAGCAAUUGAAUUGUUCAAUUUGAUGAUACGUAGGGGUGAGGAGCCUGGAAACAUAACUUACAAUAUUCUUUUAAGUGCACUAUGCAAGGAAGGGUUAUUGGCCGAUGCUUUUGACAUUUUAAAAUUGAUGAUAGAGAAAGGAAAGACACCCGAUGUGAUCACUUACAAUACACUAGUAACAGGACUUUGUAAAAGUGGGAAAUUGGACGAUGCCGUGACACUUUUUGAUUUGAUGUUGGAUGACGAGACUUAUGUUCAGCCAGAUGUUAUAACAAUGAAUGUACUGAUUCGUGGGCUUUGCCAAGAAGGCUUCCUUGAUAAGGCUGGGGAAAUUCAUAACAAGAUGGUUGAGAACAAGUCUUUAGUUGAUAUUGGAACCUUCACUGUACUUAUUGGAGCUUAUAUAAAGGCAGGCGAUAUUGUCAAUGCUUUUGAACUUUGGAAGCAGCUAACUCAAUUGAAUCUUAUUCCAGAUUCAAUAACCUAUAGCAUUAUAAUUGAUGGAUUUUGCAAGCUGUGUGCGCUCAAUAUUGCAAAAGGUUUGUUUCUCAGAUUUAGAAAGAAGGGAUAUCAUCCAACUGCGUUUGAUUACAACAGCUUGAUGGAUGCCUUAUGCAAAGAGGGUAGCUUGGAGCAAGCAAGGAGGUUGUUUCAAGAGAUGUUAGAUGGAAAUUGUGAACCAGACGUAAUCUCAUUCAAUAUUAUUAUUGAUUCAACUCUUGAAGCAGGAAAUUUGCAGUCUGCUAAGGAGUUGCUUAUUGAUAUGUCUCAGAGGGGUUUGAGUCCUGAUGUCUUCACUUUCUCCAUAUUAAUAAAUAGGUUUUCGAAGCUUGGACAGAUGGAGGAGGCGAAAAAAUUAUUUGUGAGGAUGAAUGCUUCUGACUUGACACCGCACAUUAGUGUGUAUGAUUGUUUACUCAAGGGAUUUAGUUUGAAUGGUGAAACAGAAGAAAUUAUUGAUUUGCUUCACAAAAUGGCUGCCAAGGGAAUUGAGCUAGACCUCGGACUUACUUCUACCAUCUUGGAAUGUCUUUGUAAUAUUUCUGAAGAUCUUAAUGUGGAGGAACUGUUACCAAACUUUUCACAGAAAAAAUCAGAAGGAUUUAGUAUUCCCUGCAGUGAGUUGUUGAUGAAGCUUCAGAAGAGUCUCCCCGAGCUUCAGUUAGAUUCUGCUUUGUAGUACAAUCUCACAUGCUUCUGGCAGCUGUUGAGGGAGCUUUCUUCUCUACAUAGUUCACAGGUGGAAAUAUGUCGAGGCCACUCCAUAGGAGUGUGUCUGGUGGAGGGUAGUUAUCGGGUAACAGUCAUGAUUCAUUUGGACAACUUCCAAUGUGUAAUUUAAAAACAGAAAGGGAUGAUUUCGACCAUAAUCACUCACAUGGUGAUCAGACUCAUCUUUCUAUCGAAUCCCCUUUCAAUAUUUUUUCCAGAUCAUUCUCUCGCCAAACAUAAUUUCAGAUGCUGUUCUCCCGAGUAUGAGAACUUUGUUUCAUGCUUCAGAAAAUCUUGAUUUGGGCCUUUCUAUGACCACAACUGUGGACCUAGUUUGAUGCGGACUUGCUUAGUUCUCCCUCCUGCUAAUUACGAAAUUCCAUUUCGUGUGGACUACUGAAAAAGACAUCAUCUGGCAUGCAGAUAUUAAUAUUACUGCACAGACGGGUGCUCUAUUCUGGAAAUUUAACCAAAAGGGUUGGGUUAUCAUCCAUGAUACCGCUCAACUGGUUGAGUUAUCAAGAGUGCACACAGCACGGUUGAAAUGGAAUGCACGAGUCGUAUAGAGAUUGAAAGUUGCACUAAUUGCCAGAAAGAUGUUGGCUCGAUAAGACAUACUUUGCUCGAUGAAUAGUUAAAUUUCGAACAGAAGAAGAAGAAAGGGUUCUGCACAAGACCAGACACAAUCCCUAUGGUGCCAUAAGGCGUACAUAGUGCCAUUCAGGUACACCAUUUGAAGAACAGGACAAUCAAGAGAAUUAUAGUUCUAAAAGUUUUGUUUUAGUGUAUUGUUAUUAAGGCAAUUCAAAUUUUGAAUGUAAUUCUAGAAUUAAGCUACAAUGCUUGAACUUGCUGUUAAAACAUAAGGAUGACGUAGUAGUCAAUGAAGUGAGAUGAGAACACGGGGUUUUGUGUUCGAAUUUUCAAAAGAGAAAGAAAUACUAGGUGAUUUCUUCAAUCUUAGUCUGGAGGGGCAGAUUUACGUAUAUACUUCUUGUUGUUGGGAGAUAGCAUGUGUAAUUUGAUAGUAAUCGAGUCUUGGUGAAUAGAGUUACAUGGGCAUCAAUUGUUGGUGGAAUGUAACACGUAUCAUUGUGUAAUUAGAUGAGAUGUACGUAAGUUGGUUUCGACACAAUAGAAUUAAUUGAGACGUA